AUGGGUGGGUUGAAUCGAGUCUAUGAAUUUUUGAAUCCGGGUGCGAUUGCCACCGAUGCAGGGGAUGAGAGUAAUCGUUGCCAAGCACUAGUCGCUCGAAUGACUAGGAUGACUAAUUCAGAGAAAUGGCUUAUUGCCCCAUAUAAUAAUAGGAAGAUGUUUCACUGGAUGCUUGUAGUCAUCCAGCCAAGUACGCAGACGGUGGCGUACUUGGAUUCAGGCAACGACGACAUCCCGGAUGAUUUGAACUUUAUUAUAUCCACAUCGUUCACAAUGUAUAACCGAAUGGUACGACGACCUGAUCGACCUACCCAGUGGAUGACUCCUAUUUGUCCUCAACAACCUGAUGACAAACAAUGUGGAUACUACGUCAUGAAAUUCAUUGAAAGUUUCAUGGUCGUAGAAGAUCCAAUACAAUUGUUGACCCGACAAGAUAGGUUCUCCACUCCGUACACUAAUGAUGAGAUAAAUAUUAUGCGUGAUCGGUGGAUUCAUUAUGUGAAAGCGGAAGCGGAGCGACAACAGUUACCGUGUUAGAUAGUGUGUAUACAUAUACAUAUUUAGAUGAUAUUAAUUAGCGUUAGUUCAAUUAUUGUGACUAUACAAAAUUUUAAAUAUAUUUAGACGUUAGUUUAAUUGUUGUCACUAUGCAGAUUUUUACAAAAUUUAAAAAUUAAUGCAGGGAAAAAAAUUGCAGAAAAUUUGUUUUUUUUUUCCUAUU